UUAGCCUGUUAACGGCAAAGUUGAGUGAUUGAAAAUGCAAAUUUCACAGAAGCACGCCAGUGGGAGUGGCAGUGACAGUGGCAGUGGCAGUGGCAACCGCAACUGACUUCCGGAAGCUGCACUGAAAACAACCAAUAAACUGCAGAGCGUAUCGCAUCAUCGCACCAUUGCACCAGCGUACCAUCCCACCAUCGAGGCAGCCAAUUAACCCACCUACGGAGCCCACGACAUCCAUUAAAGUGGCGGAAAUGACAAAGUCAAAAUGUAUCGCUGCAAAAAUUGGUUUUGUGCGCGCAGCAACAACAACAACUACGUGGAUGUUGCACUAAGCGAGCCGGGAACAUUACCAGCACCCUCAUCAGCCACGAGCACGGGCACAACUACGGCCAAUAGCUUUGGCAUCGGCAACGCACGCAACAAUAACAACAGCAGCAGUGGCAGCGGCAGCGGCAGUGGCAGUGGCAGGAUCAAAAGCAAUCAACAGACAAACGCCACCGCAGCACCAAACAGGGCCACACCCACCGCCGAUGAGGCAUCUUCACCACAGGCCGGAGCCGGAGCUGGAGCUGCAGCCGGAGCCGGAGCCGGACCCGGAGCUGCUCAUGUGGUCACCUUUCUGGAUGAUACGGCAAGCGGCAGUAACGGAACCGUAACCAGCAGCCGUAUAGUGACCACGGCCGAACUACACCAGGCCCACAUGCUGGAGCAUCACUCCAACUUGGAUGCCAUCGAGCAGGCGGAUGAUUUCAUCUACGGUCCCGGUGCGGGCCUAUCUCUGUGCGAUGAUAGCCUCCCCUCAGCCAAGAACUGCUACCGACUGGUCAUGCUUGGCUCAUCACGCGCCGGCAAGUCAUCGAUUGUGGCACGUUUCCUGGGCAAUCGGUUCGAGGAGGCAUACACGCCGACCAUCGAGGAGUUCCAUCGCAAAUUGUAUCGCAUACGAAACGAGGUCUUUCAAUUGGACAUUUUGGAUACUUCUGGCUAUCACCCGUUUCCCGCAAUGCGUCGUUUGUCAUUUCUAACUGGAGAUCUCUUCAUACUUGUCUUCAGCAUGGACAGCCGCGAGUCCUUCGAGGAGGUUGUGCGGCUUCGCGAGAACAUCCUAGAGACCAAAUGGGCGGCCCUCAACCCCGGGUCGGGCUUCAAGAAGAAGAGUCUACCGAAGAUACCCAUGAUACUGGCGGGCAACAAGUGUGAUCGUGAUUUCAAAACCGUGCAGCUGGACGAGGUGAUGGGCUACAUCGCUGGCCAGGACAACUGCUGCACCUUCGUGGAGUGCUCGGCGCGCCAGAACUAUCGCAUCGACGACCUUUUCUAUGCGCUGUUCAUGGUUUCGAACCUGCCGCUGGAGAUGACCCCGAACCACCAUCGACGCCUGGUGUCCGUCUUCGGAGCACCCUCGCCGCUGCCGCCGCACGGAUCGGCUGUGGGCGGGACCAAGAAGAAUGCCCUCUCGAUCAAGCGGCGCUUCAGUGACGCCUGCGGCGUGGUCACGCCCAACGCCCGCCGGCCCAGCAUCCGCACGGACCUGAAUUUGAUGCGGUCCAAGACGAUGGCCCUCAACGAGGGCGAGACCGUGCGCACCACCUCCCGCUGGAACCGCUGCGCUCUGAUGUAGACACCAGAGCGGUGUGAUAGUAGUAUGAGCGGGAUCCAAGCGGGAUCCGGACGGACUCGCGAUUUGCGAUUUGCGAUUCGCGAUUCGCGGCCAUGCAUGGAGCCGUAUUUAAUUAUAAACGCAGCGUUUGGGUGAUUUCGAUAUUUUUUUUAUAGUGUAAAUACUAGUAGAGGGCCAGAAAUGUGUGUUUGAUCUAUUAAUUAAUAAUGCAUUUAGCAUUUUCUCGCAAUCGUUAUCGUACUAUGAACAAAGCAAAACAAG